CUCCCGCCCCGUGUGUAGGUGUGUGUGUUUGUGGAUGUGUGUGUGUCGCUGUUUGUGCGUGUGUGUGCAUAUAGGUAAUAAGCUGCUCCGCCACUGCGCAACGAUGGAGCUAUCGCAACGAUGGAGAUGACGCAAACCGACCCAGCUCUCCGAAAAAGUGUUUCAAGACGAACAUGGCGGCAACUUAACCGCGGUCCAAGAUGACAAUGGCCAACGGGAGAAAGGAUUCUAGGCUUUCCACCCAGGUACCGGACAGUGCGCGUGCAUCCAACGGACUCGUCGCUCCCCUGUAAGCGAAUCCGCCGACCCAACGGCGGCAGACGCGCAGCAUCAGUACCGAGAGGCUCGCAACAGCUGGUCUCCCUGCGUGGCCGCCCCCGACGACGCGGAACAAACCCGGUUAGGGACGGACGGGAGAGGGGGGCAUGCGGUCAAAGAGGACGCCGUUUCCCCCCGAGGAGCCAUGGAGAACCAGGAUGCGGCAGCGCGAAGCUUAAUCUGUGCGGGCGCGCUAAUUGGAUCGGAAUAGCGCCGACCGCUGCGGGCGCGAUAGAGGAGCGCCCUGGACCGGCAGAGGCACGGCACCCCGACGGCAACCGAGGAGAACCAACCGGAGUCCGUCUCCCCCCAAGUCCAUGAGUAUUGUGGCAGAGCAGCCCCCGCGGUGGAGUCGGCCAGGGCAGCGCUUUCCUAAAAUAUGACCAGGGGUGCUUGGAUGCGUCGGCAGCAUGAUGAGGGCUUAAAAUACUGGUUUGCACCCCGAGAGAACGAGAAGCCAUUCACCGAGUCGGAGCGGGCCCAGAGAUGGCGUCUGUCGCUGGCCUCUCUGCUGUUCAUCACCGUCCUGCUGUCUGAUCACUUGUGGUUCUGCGCCGAGGCGAAACUGACGCGAACCCGAGACAAGCGGUCGGACAGGGGGCUUGCUUCUACGGACACGGGCGAGUACCCCAACUCCCUCCACCGACAGCAUAUCCCACCCUCACCAGACCCCCACCGUCUCGCCAGAAAGCAAGAUGUUAUUUUUCUAGAGAAUUCUACCAAACCUCUGUGGCGAAUGGACACCUGUCAUCCAGACAGCCUGUCCAAAGACUGCUUUACUUUCACGGACGCGCGCACCGUGUGCCUGGGCCUCUCCGGCGGAGGGGACAGGGGGACGCAGCUGGCGUACGUCAACCUGAGCGAUUUGUACCUUUCUUUUUGUAAUUCCUACUCACUUUUGGAUUUGUUUUACGGGUUUACGAGUCCGGACGAUUUGAAUUGCACCCUGGAUAUGGCCAUGGGGGUGGACCUGCUGGGAUGCAGCAAGUGUGUUCGGGCUUAUCAGCUUCUCGACCAGCGGGCGGAGGACAACUACCGGGAGUUUGAACUGCUGGUUCAGAAAUACGAGACGGACGCCUACUCGGUCAGGACGUGCAUGGAGGAAUGCAAGAUGGUUUAUAAGCCCUGGCUGUGUUCUCAGUACUUCCAGACCACCCAAAUGCACUGCAGCAAGCGAAUCCCCUGUGGUCAGUACUGCCUGGAGGUGCAGCAGCGGUGCCCCUUCGUCCUGCCCGACAACGAUGAUCUCAUUCAUGGAGGCAGCCCCAGUUUUAUAUGUACAGGGCUGCUGGAGGACUAUCCAUCAGGUGUUGACCCAGAUGCAGAGUGCUGUGACGUGCGGUGGGACUUGAAAGUGGACAACCGUUCCCGGGGGACCCUGAAAAGAACUCACCCGCCGUGCCAGCACCGUACCUCCCUCAGCUCCUCGGCAGCCUGCAGACUGUGUAACAGCCGGCUCAAACUCUGCCUGCUGGUCCUCGUCCUUCUUCAUACUGUUGCCAGCCUCACUGCAUCCCACAAUGCAACAGGACUGGUCCUCCCCGCCAUCACGCCUCUGGAGGAGAGCCCUGCCAACGAGGAGUGAUAGAGCUGCCAGGGGGAGGUGAGGUCGUUGGGGUGGGGGAUUCCCUCACCAUGGCAACCGAUGUGGAAUAAUACAGCCACAGUUUUUGCCGACAGCGGGAGCUGUGUGCCUGCGGACAUUCUGCAACACAUAAAUGGAAUAUGUGGGACGCUUUGAGACGGAAGGAAUAAAUCAAUCAAGACAAAUGAAUAAGUAAACAAACAGACAUACUAAGGGACUCAACUAGUCCCUUAGAUAGAAAGGGGACAAUGCCACAGCCUUUGUUGAGUGGAAAGGUCGGCUUCCCCAUGGCUGAUUUUCUCUCACUACGCUUUUUUACACUGUGUUCCAAUUAAUGGUUUCUGUUGCACUGGCUGACUAUGGAAUGACACAAUCAUAUUCUCUUUCUAAUGUUCAUCCUUUGUGUUUGUUUCCAGCUCUCUCAUACAGGAACAAAAUGUGUUUGCUAAAUCAGACAGAUAAUGUGUAAAAAUAAUUGCUGCGAGUUUGUGUGCGUGUACAAGAUGUUUUCUCUUUUUUUUUAGGUUUACUGUUUGUGUGCGAGCAUGCUCGGGCGUGUGCUUGCAUGCGUGUCUUUAAACAUGUGUGUAUGUAGGUGUAUGAGAGGAUGAGAGUCUGUUGCUGACAUGUACCUUAAAAGUCCAGUUAACCGACAGGUGCAGCAAGAUGUCACUUAGCUGUGCCAUGUUGGCCACACUCCUAUUAGAACUUCACUGGGGUUUGAAUGUGGUUCUGAUAUCCACAAUAGGCGCUGUGUUUAACACAGGUUUAUGGUUUUCACAACACUUUGUUUUGUGAGAUAAUUUAUCAAGCCUGUUUUGAAGGAUCAAAAACGUUGUGUAGUUAGCAUCAAUGAAAGGGUUUCAUUGGGCUAAACUGUGAAACACAAACAGGAAGCGCUCCUCCAAUAUCACUAUGGCUAUUUCAGUUUUAUUAAAGCUCAGGACCUCUUAGUAGUAAUAGUUUCGACGGUGAUCACUAUCAAGGCGCUGCACUGAGCACGCUUACUAAAAGGAGGAAAGAGACAGGUCGAGCAGGCAGAUUUCAAGAAAGGUUGACAGUUUUCUGUGCAAUGCAGAAUUAUUAUCUUAUUGUGUUAGAUAAUCUGGAUGGUUAAAAAUGAUAGCCUGCUUAUAUUAUAUAUUGUUUUCCUGAUCUAAACACUUUUUGGGUAAAAUGUUAUCAUACUUAAUAAAACUGAUGACCAAAACUAUAAAACUAAGAAACUCUAUUAAAAUUUAAUGGCCUAACUUUAAGAAAAAACUUAUCGUAGAGCUCAGUAAGCUGAAGAAAAUAUUAUCGAGAUAAUGAUACAUAUCACGUAAAACAUUUUCAAUUUUGAAAAAAAAACAUUUCUCAACUACCUUUGCGGACAAGGCUGCUUGCAUACUAUUAGUGGAGGUUUGUAAAUUAGGUUGAAUUCAGCUGUGUUUUGAAUGAAUAAGUACGGCCAAAGCAUCUUUUGUUGGUGUUGCCAAUGUUUGAUUAAUUGCCUAAUAAUAAGAGAAUAUUAUACCUGGAAUCGCUGCCAGGCAGUAGCAUGGACAUUUUGCAAUCAAUCUUCUGUUCCCCUCCAAGCCACACGUUAGCAUUUAGCUCAGUUAAUCACUGCACAGGACGUUAAGGGAAGCACAGAUCAUUUUAUCUCAUAGAACAAAACAUGAAACUGUGUUAAGCUUGUCUUAACCAAAGACGAUAUUUCAGGCGAAACCCUAUUAAGAUUGUGGCCACAUUUUAGCAGCAUUGCUCAUCAAAGUUAACUGACAUCAGGAUUGUUGCACUGGAUCAAUAUGUGUUUUUCGUUUGAGUCUUUUGUUAUCUUAAAUUGUAAAGGGACUAUCCAGUCAGAAUUAAGGUACUUUGAUUGGUUCCUUUAUCUGCUCUGCCUCGAGGACCUUGGUUCUUUUCUCUCUCCUUGCGAUUCAAGUAUAAAUCAUUUUAUACUGUCAUCACUUCUUGAAAAGAAAAAAAAUCAAUUCAGAGUUUCCCCUUAACCAAUACUGACAUCUUUAUCAGUAGAGUCAUUUAAACCUCAGGCCUUUUUAUUCACAGGAAACAUGAUGGCUGGAUGUUACCUUUAAGGACUGUUAAGGAUUUUUAGUAGAAAAGUUAGCACUUCCUUGCAGUAGCGUGAAGGAGAAUCCCCGGCCUACCAAUAGGUCACACAAUGACACCGCUCCCUGGCCGCACGGUACGCCGAGAAUGAACCUCUACAUAUCGUCAACAGAGAGACAAUUUGUUCUAAUGUGGGUUUGUUUCUAUUAAAUCAAUGUGUAAUCAAUUUUCCUUUACUGCAUGUGGAGGCUCUUUCAAAGUCAGGACAGCCUCUGUUGUUAAUUGUCCUCAGCGCCACUCCACAUUCCACUGAUCCCAAUUCAGCUCCUGUAGCAUGCCCCCCCCCAUCUCGUACUUUUCUCCCCAAGACAUCAAACUAAUGUCUCAUUAAGUAAAGGGCUUAUUAAGAUAUACGGUACAAACAUCAUCAUCCACACAGUCAGACACACUUUACAACAUGCACAUCCAAAUGGGUAGCCAACAAUUAAGGCUAGAAACACGGCUCAGUAAGAGAAACAAAUCCACAGACAAGAUCACCUCACAGCGUUUGUAAACACACUAACACUAAUCUGAUAAUUGUCUGAUCAGCUGACACUCAUGUUUAUUUUCUAUUUGUGGACCAGUGAAGAGAAAAGAAUGGUGUGACCUUAAGGGCUGACUUCUUCUUUGGUUUCUACAUUGUAUUUUGUCUAUUUGAUGCAACAGGCUGUGAGAUCAGGUAUUUGUAGAUUAACAGAUGUUAUUGAAUUUCUUUCCCACUUUCCAGUAUGUUGAUUACUUAAAUGAGAUGUCCAGUAAGAUAUCUGAUGUCAAGAUUUUUAUUAUACAGCUUAUAUGAGGAUUUAAAAUGCAUCUUUUCACACCAUGUCUAUACAACCCAACCAGGGGAUUGGCUCAUUUUGACACAUAUUCUGUUUUGUACCUGCCCCACUGUAGACAUAAAGGUUUCUGCCUGCAUGAAAUACAUAAUUAUUCACUUGCACAGUGCACCCAUUCCCAUAUUGGAUCACUGCAGCCAGUAAUAGAAAAAUGCUGCUGUUCUAUUGGCCACCAGUAGAUAGAGAUAUUCACAUUCUUUUAAAUGGCAACUGCUGCUGAAGAUCUAUCAUACAAGGACUGUCCCAUAACGAUGAGUUAGGAAGGCUGAGCUCUGAGGAAGAAAGUUAUAGGCCUGUGAGCACAGGUGUGCAGAUGUGUGUGUGUGUGUGUGUGUGUGUGUGUUCAUAUCUGUUUCUCAUUUGCUAUGUUCUCUGGAGAGCUCAUUAGUGUUGCUACGACCUUGGGGCCUGCAGGACAGGUAUGACAGGCCACUGUUUCUAGACCCACAGGAACUUACUACUUAGUUGUCUCAUUAUUCACUGCAUCCCUAUAGCCGCAUGGACUGUACUAUAAAACCUUUGCCCUGUACAAUGUGUAACAACUGUGCCAUAGCCCCAAGACCCAAAACAAUGUAGGGCAGGGGUGGAUCUAUUUUUUUCCUUGCACUUGCCUGAUAAAAUAUUCCCUCAAAGGCUAUCUGACAUGAGGUGGUGCACGGUAGGUAGGUAUGCAGGUGGACAACAACCUAAAAUUGGUGCCAAAGCAUACCAUUCAUGGAGUAAAAUAAACCCAAUUCAAUUUUCAUGAUCGGGCGUGUUGGGCAACAGGAGGAAACAGGGAACGGCAGUGAAGGAUAAAUGUGCCAUGUCAGCAACAAACAGAUUUCAUCCCAUAAGCCUCACACAGCCCUCAAGAUGAACACAUGGUGGUCCAGGGCAUCUCUUUAAGACAAACAAGAUUUCAUUCUGCCUUCCAUGUCAGCAGUCCAUGCUGUACUGUAACAGCCAUCCCCAUAGUAACCCUUUGUUAUUCACAACAAACCUUGUCUGCUCCACGUGCAGGGAUACAUCCUCACCAGGUUGCAUGGGUGCGAAUGGUGUGCAUGUGUGUUGUCCUUCAUGCGGCUGCAGACACGCCAACACCACUGACACAUCUUCUGUGCAAGGUUUCUUCCAGACUGUAACAGAAUUUGAUUUUUACAGGUGUAAAUCAUUGAUUCGAUGUUUGCUGGCAAUGCAGGAAUGCACACAACAAAGCCAGAAUAAAUUGUGUGGGGUCCUAUCGAUUCAGUCUCUAUCCCUUACAAUGAUCUGACAUAGUCAUUAACACACAAACUUACACAAACUAAUGUAAUCCCCCCUACACUAACACACUAUGUAUGCCUGUUGCCCCUCACCCCCCCCCCCCCCCCUUCACCAAAUGCUACCUAAUCAGAUAUUGCCCUCUUUAACCCCCGUUUAGCCUCUCUGUGUUUUCACAAUAGUUCCGUUUUCCAUCCGGUGGAUCUAUGCAGAAGCCCAUUCCUUUUUUGGUUGUAAAUACGAUCCGUAGUAUGGCUUACAAUGUAUGUCUUUGUGUCCAGGUUCCCUUGUGUAUUUUAAGUUGAUGUCAUGCUGUUUCUUUCUUCUUCUCCUAAUUAUUUUGAUUUUAUUUUGAGCGUCUGAAAUCCUUGAUGUUAAAAGAGAAUGUGCUGAGGUUUAACCAAUAGACCCGUCCUCAACUUCACAACCUUAUUAUGAAAGUUUGAGGUUCUGUGUGUGUGAAAGCGAAAGAUUUAUGAUUAUAGAGAUGAAAAAGGUUCAAAGUCAUAUAGAAGUAUCAUUGCUAUUAUGAUUAUUAUGAUUACUAUUAUACUACCAGUAUAUUGUAAUAUUAUAGAUUCUUUAGUUCAAGUAACUUCUUUAAUUUUUUUACAAACAACUUUGAUGAAAUUAUUUAUAAAACAGUCUCACAAGUCAUGAUCUUUUCGAAAAGUAUGAAAACUAAUGCUACAAUGAUUACAAUUGUGUUCUGAUGAAAAUAAAUACAGACAUAUAA